GCAGCCGGGCGGCGGCGGAGCCGCGGUGCGCAGCGGGCGGCGCUGCCAGUCCUGUCUGCCUAUCUCCUGCGUCUCCCACACCCCCUCCUCCCGGCCCCGUAUCUGGCGUGGAGGGGCCGACGACUAAGCCUUGGGAGCAACUCCCUCAAAAAAGCCGCAUUGGAGAACCUGGCCGCAGGACCCCUCCUCCCGGGCGCCCCCCCCCUCGCCUCCCGCUCCCGCCUCCCCCCCCCCCUUGCUCCCCGGCGCCCGCCUCCCUCCUUCGCGGACUGUCUCCUGACUCGCCGGCUGAGAGCCCUUUUUGAUUGCGAGCGGCCGUAGUGGAGCAGAGGCUGCGGCGCGGGACCUGCAGUCGCCCGGGAUUCCCUCCAGGUGACGAUGCUCUGGUUCUCCGGCGUCAGGGCUCUGGCUGAGCGUCCCUGCCGGCGCUCGCCUGGGAUUACCUGCUGCGUCUUGCUGCUGCUCAAUUGCUCGGGGGUCCCCAUGUCUCUGGCUUCCUCCUUCUUGACAGGUUCUGUUGCAAAAUGUGAAAAUGAAGGCGAGGUCCUCCAGAUCCCAUUCAUCACGGACAACCCUUGUAUAGUGUGCGUCUGCCUGAACAAGGAGGUGACCUGUAAGAGGGAGAAGUGCCCUGUGCUGUCGAGAGACUGUGCCCUGGCCAUCAAGCAGCGGGGAGCCUGCUGUGAGCGGUGCAAAGGUUGCACCUAUGAAGGAAAUACUUAUAACAGCUCCUUCAAGUGGCAGAGUCCUGCAGAACCCUGUGUCCUGCGCCAGUGCCGGGAAGGUGUUGUCACCGAGUCUGAGGUGCGAUGUGUCGUCCACUGCAAAAACCCUUCUGAGCACCUGGGAGCCUGCUGUCCCACGUGUCCAGGCUGUGUGUUUGAGGGUGUACAGUACCGAGAAGGGGAGGACUUUCAGCCAGAAGGAGACAAGUGCACCAAGUGUUCCUGCGUUGGAGGCAGGACACAGUGCGUGCGAGAAGUCUGUCCCAUUCUCUCCUGUCCUCAGCACCUUAGCCACGUCCCCCCAGGACAGUGCUGCCCCAAGUGCGUGGGUCAGAGGAAAGUGUUUGAUCUCCCGUUUGGAAGCUGCCUCUUUCGCAGUGACGUUUACGACAACGGAUCCUCAUUUCUCUACGAUAACUGCACUGCGUGCACCUGCAGGGACUCCACCGUAGUGUGCAAGAAGAAGUGCUCCCGCCCUGGUGGUUGCGACAAGGGCAUGGAGGCCUGUUGUGAGGAGUGCCUCCUACGUGUGCCCCCAGAGGACGUCAAAGUGUGCAAGUUUGGCAACAGGAUUUUCCGGGAUGGAGAGAUGUGGUCCUCUGUGAACUGCACCAUCUGUGCUUGUGUGAAAGGCAGGACAGAGUGUCGCAAGAAGCAGUGCGCUCCCAUCAGCAGCUGCCCACAGGGUAAAAUUCUCAACAGAAAAGGAUGCUGUCCUAUUUGCACUGAAAAGCCCGGCGUUUGCACGGUUUUCGGAGAUCCCCACUACAACACUUUUGACGGACGGACAUUUAACUUUCAGGGGACGUGUCAGUACGUUUUGACAAAAGACUGCUCCUCCCCUGCCUCGCCCUUUCAGGUGCUGGUGAAGAACGAUGCACGCAGGACCCGCUCCUUCUCCUGGACCAAGUCGGUGGAGCUGGUGCUGGGUGCCAGCACCAUCAGCCUCCAGCAGCACCUGACUGUGCGCUGGAAUGGCUCACGCAUCGCACUGCCCUGGCAGGCGCCGCACUUUCACAUCGACCUGGACGGCUACCUCCUGAAAGUGACAACCAAAGCAGGUUUGGAAAUAUCCUGGGAUGGAGACAGUUUUGUGGAAGUCAUGGCUGCCCCCCAUCUCAAGGGCAAACUCUGUGGUCUCUGUGGCAACUAUAAUGGGCAUAAGCGUGACGACUUAAUCGGUGGAGAUGGGAACUUCAAGUUCGAUGUGGAUGACUUUGCCGAGUCCUGGAGGGUGGAGUCCAAUGAGUUCUGCAGCAGACCCCGGAGAAAACCGGUGCCCGAGCUGUGCCAGGGGGCAGUGAAGGUGAAGCUCCGAGCCCACCGAGAAUGCCAGAAACUCAAAUCCUGGGAGUUUCAGACCUGCCACUCAACGGUGGACUAUGCGACUUUCUACCGGUCCUGCGUGACUGACAUGUGUGAGUGUCCGGUCCACAAGAACUGUUACUGCGAGUCAUUCCUGGCGUACGCCCGGGCCUGCCAGCGCGAGGGCGUCGGCGUCCACUGGGAGCCUCAGCAGAGCUGCACAGCCACCCAGUGCAAGCACGGGGCUGUGUACGAUACCUGUGGUCCGGGAUGUGUCAAGACCUGCGACAACUGGAAUGAGAUCGGCCCGUGCAAUAAGCCGUGCGUGGCAGGUUGCCACUGUCCAGCCAACUUGGUCCUUCACAGGGGGCGUUGCAUCAAGCCAGUCCUUUGCCCUCAGCGGUGACCCUUGAUCAGCAGCUUCAGACUUUGAAACCUGGUGUUCUUGACACUGAAGUGGAGGAGCCGAUGAAGGACCACAGCAUUUGUGUGCCGAUUCUGCAAACAUGCUCGCAUGGAGUAUAUAUGUGUACAUAUAUAGAUAUAUAGAUAUAUUCAGAAACAUUUCAUCAUUUAUAUAAACUAUAGGUGGAUUAUUAUAUGUAUAUUUUUUGCUAUAAGACAUGUAUUGUUUCUAGAAUCCUAAUCUGUAAGCCAUUGGAUACAUUGUAUAAAUAAACCGGGUGUCUUUAAUUUAACAAGGCAGCAUGCAGACAUAUUGGAGGGUUUGAGCAUCACCUACGUUGUCAUUUUUAAGGAAGUUUUCUAAAAACCCUGAAUUGCCUGCCUGCGUUAAUUUUAGCUUUGAAUCAGGAUCUGCAGUGGAAUGAGAAAUGUGUCUCUCUGGAGAAGGGCAGACUAGUCUAGGGGUGCUCCAGGAUUCCAAAGAAAGGGGUGCGUGCCUGGGAGAGGCAGCUGGUGGCUGGUGACAGUUCCUAACGGUGCAUGUAAAGUGAGGCGCAGGGUGUCAGUGUAUUGGGUCAUGGUUUGAUAUUAUUUUCCAAGCUGAUGGGCUAGUUGCCAAGAAAUAAUGUACUUGCUACUAGAGCAUAACCAAAAAAAUCAAGCAGCUUCUUACCGUUUCUGUGCAUUUCUUGUGUCUCCUAAUUACAUACGUGUGUAUGGUGGACAGGCGUGCUUGCAUGUCGCACACUGAGAUGAAGGGACUCUCUGAGGGACACGUUAGUUUCACUGAGCAUGAGCAGAGAUGUGGAAAAACUUGCACAGUGAGGGAAAAAAUAGCGGUUUCUCUGAACCUCAGCAAUUUAGGAUGGGCAAAUCCGAUGAGUUGAUGUAAGCCAUCCACAUUCAGUGGUGGUUGUAUUUGUAAAAUGACAGCCUUUAAUUAUUUCUGGAGGAUUCCCAGUUCAGGGCUACUUGGUGACUGUCCAUACAUCAUACUUAUUGGGCAGAAAGAAAGCCCUCACUGACCAGUUGAUUUAACAUUAGUCCAAACAAAGAAUGCUCUGUAUACGUGCUCUGACAUCCGCGUAGGUUACUACUAGUCACCAUGUGAUUUUCCUGACUUGUUUUCAGCCAAAGAAGUAAAAAUGUCAACAAAACAGAACCCACCAAUGUCUAAAAAUAAAAUGUUCUGCAGUGAAGUAAAUAAAGGUCUUAAGACUUAACACCAGGCAUUUUCUAUUUCAAAAUGUGCUGUGUUGUACUUUAUAAACCAGCUCUACCAACUUCGGGUUCACCGAUCUUUCCCAGCUCUAUUUAGAUAGAUUUUAGAUUCUUAUGAUACUUUGUAAAGAGCGCUAUUAAUAGACAGCAAAAUCUAAAAUUUUUUAGAGCCAGCGUAUUGCCAUCGCUUGUUAAGACAGUUGUGUGUCCUCAACAGUAUUCACCUUACAUUCAUGACAGCUAAAGGCUGACCUUGGAUUUUUUACUAGGACAAGUCUAGGGGUCUGAGUAAACCGAAGAAAGCUCUCAGUGUAAUAGCGACUGGCUGAGGAACCGGGGAGUGUGGUUGUUGGUGAUCACUCGCGUGAGUCCUGGACACGCCAGGCCAUCGCUUCAGCGCCACACCUGGAAGGUGAGCUUUGAUUUAGGAGAUGAGUUCCAGGUGUAGUUUAUGACCUUGUUCAUAGUGUUUAAGGAUUUGGGACCACACUUUUGCUGACUGGCAACACAAGAGGCAGUGUAUGGGUGGGGUUGAGCGUCAAGCCAUCUGGAGACCCUGCCACUAGGGAGAUCACUUGGCCAGAGACCCAAGACACAAACUGCAGUCGCACUUGGGGUCCCAUUUAUCCCCCACACUGCACUGAACGGAGGACCAGGGCCAGUCGGUGGACUUGUCCUGUUUUUCUUAUUCUUUUUCUUUUUUUCUAUUUCUUUAGAUGAUCUUUGAUCCUCUUUAGUUCACUCUUUAUGAAAGAAGGGCACAGAAGAAAAGUGAUGCAGAAGAGGAAGUUGGUGGGUGGUUACGCACUGCCCAUGACUCAUGCAAGCAGUGAGUACCUGCGCCCAGAAGGACUACAUGGCCUCUUUGCCGGUGCUGGCAGUCGGGGCCGCUCGUGGGGGUGGAGGACCGAGGCUCUUUUUCCCAGAUCCGUCUCAUGAAUUUGGGCAGCUUGAUCACAAGUUUGUGGGGCAUACCGUCUCUGGGGUUUAGUUUAACCUUUGAACAUCUUUUUCACUCCUAGUCCUAGAAGGAAGAAAGAGGUAGGGCACAGGGUGAUUUGGUCCCAGGAAUCCGAACAGCUGUCUGAUGAGGAGGGUGGGGUGGAUCAGCUCCCCGGUCCAGACAGCCGCAGGCUCUAGUUGAGCAGCGAUUUUUGUCCCAUGAUUGAUGAUAAUGGAGAUGAACCAAGUGCUUCAGUGAUGGGGCCCUACUUGGUUCACAUGAGAUAUUUUCCUGGGUUCUCAAAGCCCAGCUCCCUCGGACUUAGAUGACUUGAAAUGACAGUGUUCUGUUUCUUUCAUUAAUAUAUGUAACCCAGGUUCUGUGAGAUCUACAAAAUUAAUAGGUGGGUUCAUGUUACUCUGUCUACAAGCAUAAAGUCCCUAUGCUGAUUAUGCUCUUAGCUAUGAACAUUGAACUUGAUGAGGGAAAAAUGCCCAGGAUGAAGAACUAUUGAGAUUCUCAUUACACAAGGUGCUCAGGGAAAGUUCUUUCCUCUCUUCCUGUGAAGGUAGGAAUGUGUGCAGUUCCCAAAAGUAGGACGCAAAUUUAUCCUUGACACCGACAAGAGCAGUUAUUUAUUCAAAGGGUGGCACAUUGAGAAUCACCAACUCUUCAGGCUGAAGGUUUGUCCCUAUGACCUCACUGGAAGUUUCCCCAGUGUCUGGCCACCAGACCAUGAAAGGCACCUCCCAGCAAAAUGAGAAGGACCCAGAAGGACUCAUCCGCCAGGUUUCAUUGCAUGUGGAUAAACCAUUUUGACUGGGAAACUCUUUGUUAUUAUGAAAUAUUUCAGACAGACAAAAAGGUAUAGAGAAUAAUGUUGCAAAUACCCAUGAAUACAUUAACCCUCAUUAAGAAAAAUAACUUGGUAGGGAGUUGGUCCAUUUUUCUGGCAUAAAUAAAACCGAGCCAAGACACACGGUGCCACAGCUUGGGGUGGAGCGUCUGCUUGUUGGGCUUCUGUUCAUUUUCCUGCUUUUCGUCACUCACACUCCCUGGAUCUGACAAGCCUCGUGGAUGUGAGCCGGAAAGCCCUCCGUGUGGGAGAGGAUGCCUGAGGGGACAGGCGCCAGGAUAUUUUAAUUAGCUGUCUCCUGCAAACAUAACCCUCAGGAACAAGCAAAAAUUGUCUCUGAUUCUAAAUCCUGGCAAACAAGCCUUUGCAGAAUCCAGGAAAAUCAUUCUGAAAAAUGACAGUGUUCAAGUGGCCAAGAAUGAAUGAACACACUGGGAAAAGGAAGGGAUGCUGGUGAUUAUGCCGACCCUAAAUUAAGAACCAGACAUCUAGUCCUUCCCAGGGAGCUUUUAGAGUCCUGUUGCCUUCUAUUAGAUUUCACGAACCUGGUGGAAUGGUAGGCAAUGGCAUGAAAAAAAUUUAGUCCUCACUGCGGAUCCCUUUCAGAUUCAUCUGGAGCAAUCCAGUGUUAAAGUGACCAGUGUGAGACAGAAGGAUAGCAGACCCUACAUCAGCCUCAAGGGAUACUCCUGAGUGAGCUCAGCUCAGCCAGGUGGGAAGGGUGUUCCAGGUGGGGUUUAGUUGUUUAGGGAAAGAGUGGCCAAAGUGCUGUAUGUUAUAGUGCACCCAGAAAAUAACAUUUGUCUGGGAGCUGGGGUAAAUCGGCAGGGCUGCUUGCAGCUCGGACCUCUGGGUUGUCUGAGAUGGGGAUGUCUCAGGUCCUGUCCAACUGCUCCAAGAGUGGAAGGGAUGCCAACCCCUGUCACCCACUCCCCACACUGCUCCCAGUGGGCUGUGGCACUGGGUGGGAAGAUCUGCCCCAGGGCCGACCCAGCUAAGGGACAGUGUUAAGCAAUAAAGUGAUGUGACCAGACCUUUGUUGCAGCAAGUGGAGUGAAGGUGUCUUUGGUCAAAAUAGCAGGUAGGAGGCCAGUGAGUCAGUCCUGGUGAGAAGUGAUGAGCCCCCAAACUAGAAGGUAGGAAGUAGCUAAAAAGGGGAGAGUUCUGUAACAGAUGGGGUGGCGGCUGGGCAAGUCUUUGGCUGGAGUGACGCACGACGAUGGGACCAGCCUGUUACAUGAGGAACGCUGGCUGGGGACCAGAUUUAUGGAAAUUUUUAUUGUAAGUCAAUUGUUUUCUUUAGGCUGACAUCCUGAACAUUGGGGCUCAGAGAUGGUCCUCCUUAAGACAGUCACCAUCCAGGAUGAAUGGCUUAUAAAACAGAGGGCCACACAGAGCUGACCCGGGAGACCCGGGAGUCUCUGGAGUCCGCUGGGAGCUUUUCUGCGUGGGUGCCCAUCACAGAGGCUGGUCAGGGAGGGUGACUGCUGAGAUGAGCCCUACUCGGCUGAAUAAGCUCUACCUCUACAAGAACCUGAGUGUGUGUGAGCAGGGAUGGUCCCGUCUGGGAGUGUAAGGCAUGAGUCACUGUGUGGAUAAGAAGACAGACCAGCAGCAAGCCAACAGGCUGGGGGUGCAGAGACACAGGGCUAUGGAGACACAGGGUUGUGUCCUGCUAGGGUGUAAUGGAUUCACAGAGCUGUUCCGAGUUAAUGGAGCUCACAUACCCACCCUGAGGGACCCUUGCAAGGGUCCCUUGAUUUUUAGUGCAGCGAGCAUAGCAGAGCUUGAGGAAAUUUUGGCACUGUGAUAUAAGCUCUCUUUGCAUCUUGCACCUGGGUGACUUUCCUUGAUGUGACUCCUGAGAAUCUAGAAAGGGAAGGAAGUUGGAAGAGGCUUCUAAUGAGGCUGUUGCCUCUGAGCUUCCGUGUUGUACUGCAGAGUGAGGAGGCAUCCUUCAGACCCUCUGGGCACUGGUUUCUGUAACAGAGCUGGUCCAAGGUAAAUGCAUUUAAUGACUGCUUUUGUUGACUGGGCUGUGGCCUGAUGGCUGGGCUGGGGAUGCUGAGGAUCCAAACAGUUGAACCCAUCAAUGUCAGCAGUUCUGGUCACACCUACAAAUAAAAGGCCUGAGAACACAGCUCACCCUGAGCCUCUGGUUGGAGCAGUUCUGUUAUAUUUCAGCCACUGGCGUUGUAGCCCACCUUGUGCCAUAAAAACUAACAUAAACGCCUUCUCCGCUUCCUCUGCAGGGAACUUGGCUUCCUAAGUAAUUCCUCAGAGGGGGGCUUUCAGCAGUGAAAUCUGGGGCUUUGAGAAAUGUUUGCGGUGAUGACAAAGUUUCACUUUGGCUCUGAAAAUGUAAAUACCAUUAGUUAUGUUGUCAUUUUCACCAUGUUUCUGCGUGUAAUUGAAAGAAUCAGACUCUGAACAGCUCCUCCUGGCUCGGGGGCUUAGGCAGGCAGGAAGGGGAGUGCAAGUCAGCGGGCAGCCCUGCUGAUCCCCGGCGUGGAGCAGGCUGCCAGUGAACCUGGGGCGUGACGUGUCCCUUGCACAUGUCUGUGAAGAAGGGCAUUCAAGAGGUCCUCACCAUGUGGUAGGGGACCUCUCUACUGACUUUCUUGUAGGCAGUGUGACAGGGGGACUCUGUCACAGGAAACCUGCUUGCUCCCUAUAUAUCCACAGUGUAUAUUGCUCCUGUGCACCCCCAGAAGGUAAGGGGGCACUGCUUGACAACACUGAAGAGCAUUCCUCUGUUUGAUGAGAUGGCGUUUGGGGAUAUCUGUCUUCACAGUCAGAACAGCUCAGCCUGUGCAAUUUCAUUUCCAUCGUGCACCCACACAGCUCUCUUGAUUCUGUCAUUCUUUGAAAUGCACUGAGGAGAAUCCUGCCAAUGGUCUGUGAAUAGGCUAGGCCAUCCCACUCAUGACGCAUGCACCGGCUCUUGGUGCCCAUGGUGUCAUGGAUGAGGUAUGAGACAAAUUCACAUGGACUACCGAGUCCUGUGGAGGAAAAGGGGUGGCACGGCUACUUCCUCAAGGUGGGAGCACCUCAGAAUGGUCUGGCCACUCCCUCAAGGGGAGAACGUGCUGACCCUUUCCUGGACAGGCUUUUAUUGGGUUUAAUUUGUGCAGGAAUAUAGGUACAGCUCAUUAAUCAUUGUCAGGCAGUAAGGAUCAAACAAUAGAUAGCAUGCCAAAGAACUAUUAGGGUUUCUUCUGAGUCAGGGUCUAUUAGCUAAAGGGCUACAAGACUUUGGGGAACAAACUCAUUUCCUGCUCAGACCUUUAUCAUUUAACUAAGAGCAUUCUUAGCAAAGCAGGCUUCACAGGAUUUUUUCCUUUCUCAGGCCUGAUCACCCAGGGAGCCCACCCUUUCCAGCACUGGGCUGCACCGCCCUCUGUCAAAGCCUAGGGGCAAGGGUCUAUCAUCCCCUUUCUCCAUAGCCCACCAAGUCCUUCGCUGGGGCCUCCAAGUGAUCAUGCCUGUCUUAGGUUGUUCACCUCUUGGGGAAUUUACCCUUCAUUGGCUAACUGAUCAAGCACUGGGGGCCAGUUAUGAAAAAAGGAGCAGAAGCGGUGCUCCU